UUAUUAUUUACAAUGACAGCAUACCCCGGCCAAAAAAGAAGAAGGAAAAAAAGAAAGAAAAAGAAAAAAAGAAGACAGACCGACAGUUUGUUUUGAUUUUCUUCCGGGUUGGAAAUCUAGCCGCCAAAUUGAAGUGACCUAAUGUGCAUAUGUUAUUAAGAGUUACUAGAUAUCUCUAAUUUACUUAAUAACUCCAUGCAAGCGUCAUUCGUUUUAUUUUGGCAUUCCAAUACGCGUAUCAAACAUUGUUCAAUCUUUGCUGACAACUUUCAAAACUACACUAGCUAGCUAAAGUUAGCUAGCUCACACGGAGGACACAAUGGAAGAAGCGAGAAAAGGUAACAUCAAAUAACGUUAUAACCGUUUUUGCGUUACCAAGAGUUUGUACAAAUGUAAUGUUUGAGUAGAUUGGUCUUAAAUGUGUGUAAUUUACAAUGCUGGUUGGUUAUAAUGUAUUAUCCAACUUAAAAAUAUAUAUAUCCCGAGGUGUUUUGGGGCACUUAAAAAUGUUGGAAAUGGAGGCGAACAACUUGGAAUUAAAGCAGCAGGAACUUCGGCAGAGAGGUCGCCAGGAAGAGCUGAAUGCAAACCUACAGGCACUCCUCAGUAAAAGAGACCAGUUAAAAGCUGAAAUAAAGGCAAACACGUCUCUCCAGAAGAUGAGAACUCUACUGGACCAAACAGGUGUUCCAUAUGAGAGGAAUGAGGAUGUUGAUAACCUGGAAGAUGGCUCAGAUAACUCACAACUUCUGCUGAUGAUGGCCAGACACACACAACUAAAGGACCUGCUUCAUGCUCAUCAUCUUAUAGGUGGGUAUGAUGUCCUCCAGACUCGUAAAGGUAAAGGGGUGUGUGUCUCGUUGGCCACUGCGUACGAAGGCGUCUACCUUGAGACAUAUAACCUGGAGAUAGAUCUGGGGUCUAACCUGAGGAUCUGCCGACAUAACAUCCCCCCGUUCAUCCCCUUGGAGAGGCUUGUUACGCAGGGCAACAUGCAGACAGACAUCAGGGAUUUCCUGGACACCCUCAGCCAGUAUCUCAAUGCCUACGCUGGCCGCAAGCAGCAGCUACACCUCACCAAGGAGAUCCAUAGCUCUGUUCAGGUGGCGGAAAGUAAUGCUCUCUGUACUAUACUGGUGCUGAUGUUCACUAUACCAGGAGAGAAGGCCGAGGCUGCACUGUGUACCCUGCAGUAUGCUGACCACACACAGCGCCUGCCCACCCGGGUCAACAUAGAGUCUGAAGACACUGCGCUGGUGAGUUCUCCACAAUGGAAGAAGAACCAAGCCCUACUCCUAGAGACUCCAUUACACACAGCUUUGGUGACCAUGAAGAAGACUGGCAGUAUCGCUUAGUCUGAUCACAGUAUGCUGUAAAUACGCUCAAGACUGAACAGUUGUUUAUGUCAAUGUAUUUCAUUUAUUUGACAUGUCAUUUUAUACUCAUUUCAUUGGCCGUCACGAUCUAUUAGUUGUCUGUUAUGAGUAUACGGAACAUUAGGAAGUAAUAUUGAGUUGCACGCCCCCUUUUGCCCUCAGAACAGCCUCAAUUUGUCAGGGCAUGGAGUCGAAAGCAUUCCACAGGGAUGUUGGCCCAUGUUGACUCCAGUGCUUUCCACAGUUGUGUCAAUUUGGCUGGAUCUACUUUGGGUGGUAGACUGGUGCGCCUGGCACCUACUACCAUACCCCGUUCAAAGACACUUAAAUCUUUUGUCUUGUACAUUCAACAUCUGAAUGGCACACAUACACAAUCCAUGUCUCAGUUGUCUCAAGGCUUAAAAUUAAUUCUUUAACCUGUCUUCCUCCCCUUCAUCUACACUGAUUGAAGUGGGUUUAACAAGUGACAUCAAUAAGGGAUCAUGGCUUUCACUUUUAUUCACCUGGUCAGUCUGUGUCGUGGAAAGAGCAGGUGUUCUUAAUGUUUUGUCCACUCAGUGUAUAUCUUUUUGAGUUCCUGUACUUGUUAUUCCCUUUCGCUUAUUCAACAUUGUUUGCACAUGUAUAUAUUUUUGUUAAUAAAAAAGUAAAAUGCCAAUUUUACUGAAGUUUGACAACCCCGUUUGCAAUAUAAUAACAACAAUACAGUAUGUUUUGCGAAGCUAAA